AUGAGUCGACUGCGAACGACAGUCGCUGCAGUCGCACUGUCGGCCGUCACGGGCACGACAGUCGCCGCAGUGUCCGUACUAACGUACGUCCGUUUCCAGCACCCGCAGGCGUUCGCCGACGCCAGCGUCCGCACGACGCACCCAGAGCUCCUGGACGCCUACAACCGCAAGUGGGGUCUCUUUGGCACGGGCCUCGCGGACGCCGUCCCCCUGCGCGUCAAGAGGCUGCUGGACGUGCCCGACAUGGCCGAGCGCUUUGAGCGGCACAAGAAGGCGCGCGAGGCGCAGAUCCGCCAGACGAUCGACGAGUUGCGGCCCCAGUAG